UCGCGGACGCUGCAGGCAGUCAGUGCCUCUUCUUGGGGUAUAGAUCCCAUCACACCUGAGCACCCUUCUGCUGGCAUGAAGAGAGGGCUCCAGAUCCCCCAGACCAGGAGGACCAGAACUGGGACCAGGAGCUCUGUCCGCCAGGGACUUCAUACAAAGGAUUGCUACUUCACAAAGUAACUGAGAAGUUCCUGCUCACUGCACAGUCUCUGCGCUGACCUCGUAUCUGGGGCUGGACUUGUCCUAGGGGGAUCCCUUGGCUCGGAGUUAUCCCAAGGAAUUCUCCUGCUUGGGCUUGUCCUGAGAGAAUCCCCUUCUCUGGACUUCGUUUGAGGGGUCUCCUGGUUUCGGCUUGUUCUGAGAGGAUCCCCCUCUGUACUUGGCUUGAGGGGUCUCCUGGUUUGGGCUUGUCCUGAGGGAAUCCUCUUUUCUGGACUUGGCUUGUGGGAUCUCCUGGUUUAGGGUUUUAGCUAAGGUUCUUCUGGCUUGAACUUUCUUCUUGUUUGGAUUUACUAUAAGUGAUGUACUCUGGGAUUAAUCUCAGAUCCUAUGGGCAAAGAGAGCCGGUGUCAGAGACUGUACUGGCUUCUCCCUGCUCUCCCAGACAUUUGCCCUGUGCAUCGGUGUGACCCGGCGCUAUGCAUCUUGGACUGUGGCAUCUGCUGCUUUGUCUCUCACUUCUGUCCACAAGGGCUGAUUCAGAUGUGACUCUUCGCUUUCUGUCUGAACCCCUUUCCACUGUCCAGAAGCCGGGGAGUGUGGUGACAUUAUUAUGUUCUGCAGAGUCACCACAGCUACACAUUUCAUGGUUAUUUAAUGAAAAGUUGUUGGACAGACGACAAAGCCAGGAUGUGGUCAUUCAUUCUGGGCACCUGACCAUCCCAGCUCUUACUCCCCAGUAUGUUGGACGGUAUCAGUGCAUAAUGAACUCUAGUGCUGGGUCUAUAAUAAGUGCACCCGCAACCGUGUCUAUGGCAUAUUUGGAAGAUUUUGCGAACUCCUCAAAAGUCACCUUGGUGGCUGAAGAAGGAAGCAGCGUGAUUAUUAACUGCAGCACUCCCCGCAGUGCCCCCCAUGCUGAGAUGCAUUAUAAAGUCAAAGGGAAAUGGCUGGACCGAUCGACUGAUAAGUACCUGAUCUUACCCUCAGGAAAUCUACAAAUUUUCAGUGUUUCUUUGGAGGACCGCGGACCCUAUAAGUGUGCUGCCUAUAAUCCAAUGACUCACGAGCGAAAGAUAAGCCCCUCGGUCUACAAGCUGUCUAUAAGCGAUCGACCUCAAGAAGAUGCCAGUGUCAUGCAUCCGGUCAUCACGCACAAGUUGUCCGUAUACCUACAUGAUUCUGUGACUCUGGAAUGUGCAGGUGGGGGAGCAAGCGAUUUAAACAUUCAGUGGUAUAAAGAUGGAAACAAUGCUAUGGCAGAUGAUCGGAGGAAACUGUGGUACACCCAUCUAGUGAUUGAGGAUGUGGAAGCCCUGGAUGGGGGUAACUACUCCUGUCAGGUGGGAGCUACACCUUCUGUCAAUUAUACAGUCGCCAUUCUAGAGCGUCCCUCUAUCUAUCAGACCCCUGAGGACCAGUCUGUGGUGCUAGGCAGCGAUGUCAGCUUUAUUUGUGAGGCACAGGGUAUUCCGUCUCCUAAUAUCACCUGGCUGCACAACUCCAAGACAGUUUCUCCUUCAUCACGCCUCCGCCCUUUGGGGAGCAAACUUCACAUUGCCAAUGUGAUGGGGGAAGAUUCCGGGAUGUAUCAGUGUAUGGCGGAUAAUGGAGUAGGAGCAGUACAGACGGCAGCAAGACUCCGGGUACAAUCAGAAUCCGGCUCCAGGCCCACUAUUGUGUUGCCCCCUACAAGUGUGAGCGUUGUGAUUGGAGACUGGGUGACCCUGACCUGCAACGCCACCGGUCACCCCACACCCUUCAUCCGCUGGUUUGACAGCAAUGGCGCAAUUAGUAGUCACCCUUCCCAGAUCCUGCGUCCAAAACCUCGCAAGGCAUCGCAGUCCAGAACUUCAGUCAGUUCCAGCCAGGACCCCGCGCAUGUGAUCAUGUCUCAGGCUGGAUCCAGCUCCUUGUAUAUCCCAGCAGUCACAGUACAGCAUGCUGGGAAAUAUGUCUGUGAGGCGUCAAAUCAGUUUGGCUGGACACGAGCAGAAGCCACCUUGACAGUUGUUCCCUACGAUAUGAGCACGAUACGGUCGGUACUCCCGGUGACACCAGGAGGGUCAAGAUCUGAAGAUGCCAUCCCUACCAGUGCUGUCCCCACAGAAAAGCCUGUUAAUGUUGCCAUGUUACCUGACGCUCCCAUCAUCCUCAGUCCACCACAGGCCACCAAGCCGGACACCUAUUUCUUGGUGUGGCGAUCGGGACGGGAUGGCGGUCUACCAAUAAAUGCAUACUUUGUGCGCUAUCGAAAGUUGGAUGAUGAGGGAAAUGUGGCGGGAUCUUGGCAUUCCAUACGGGUGCCAGCCAGCGAGAACGAGUUCUCUCUCUCAGAACUAGAACCUUCCAGCCUAUAUGAGGUGCUGAUGGUGGCCAGAAAUGCAGCAGGCGAGGGGCAACCAGCUAUGCUGACCUUCCGAACAAGCAAAGAGAAGAGCUCGUCUUCCAAGAACACACAGGCUCCUUCCCCUCCAAUUGGCAGACGUCAUCAAGACAUUCUGCAGGAAAACUUCAACUCCAACUUUGGGCUGGUUCAGGACUCCUUCCGACACAGCAGUGUUCCUGAAGCCCCUGACCGUCCAACCAUCUCUACUGCAUCUGAGAGCUCUGUAUUUGUGACAUGGAUCCCAAGAGCAAAUGGAGGCUCCCCAAUAACCUCCUUCAAGGUGGAAUAUAAGAAAGCAGGGAGGCCCUGGAUGACGGCUGCAGACAACAUUCACCCAUCUAAGCUGUCUGUGGAGGUCUCCAGCCUAGAGCCAGGAGCGGUGUAUAAAUUCCGGGUAAUUGCCAUUAAUACAUAUGGGGAGAGUCGGCGCAGUACAGUAUCCCGACCUUAUCAAGUACCCGGAUACACCAGUCGCCUCCCCAACCCCUUGAUCAUUGGCCCUCAUAUUGACCACACGGAGGCAGUGACGGACACACAAAUCAUGCUGAAGUGGACUUACACCCCAGCAAACAACAACAACACCCCCAUCCAAGGAUUCUACAUCUACUACCGCCCCACCGACAGCGACAAUGACAGCGACUACAAGAGGGAGGUGGUGGAAGGUGAGCUGUGGGGUCAGUCGAGGGGCACAAAGCAGCGACACCUGAUAAGUCACCUGCAGCCCGAGACCUCUUAUGAUAUCAAAAUGCAAUGCUUCAAUGAGCGGGGUGCAAGCGACUAUAGUAAUGUCAUGAUGUGUGAGACUAAAGCGCGCAGAAGCCCUGGGGCCUCGGAGUACCCGGUGUUGGAGCUCAGUACACCAGCUGUCAUAAAGCGAGUUGAAAUGGGCAGCUCCAGCUCCUCCAGUACACCAGCACGGAGCGGAGACAUGCUCUAUGUGAUUGUGGGCUGUGUUUUAGGCGGGAUGGUCCUGAUCCUGAUGAUUUUCAUUGCUAUAUGUCUCCUGAAACACCGGCAGCAGAGUCUCCUGCACAAAUUUGAGCCUCCUGGAUACCUCUACCAAGGGUCAGAUCUCAAUGGUCAAAUGAUUGAAUAUACUACCUUACCAGGAACGAGCCUGAUCAACGGAAACAUUCAUGGAGGAUAUAUGGGAAAUGGAACCAUCACCAAUGGCUGCCCCCACAUGCAUCAUAAUGUCCAUAAUGGAAUGAACGGCAUCAUAAAUGGAGAACUAUAUCCUAAUUGUCUGAAUUCUCUUAAAUCUUGUCCUGACUUUGAGCACUUGCCACACAGUAUCUCCAAUGGCGGUAUUAUUUAUUCAUCUGUACCCCAGGUGGACCCAUCAGAGUGUCGAAAAUGCAGAAACUGCUGCAACAAUAACAGGUGUUUUAACAAAAUCAGUGACUCUUACAUCAGCAAUGGCACAGCCAGGGGUCCAUACCAAGAGGUGGCCCAAGAAGGUAAACCACUCAGUUCUGUGUCAGUGCCUAUGAACUUAACAGCUGGAGAACCUGAGUGCACACCAGAAUUAGAGGGAGACCUCAAAGAAGAGGAUGUGCCGACACACCAUGAUGGGGUGCAAGAGAUUAAAGCCAUGUCUCAUGAAGGUGAUGGUUGCUCCAGUACAAAAGAGGAAUGCAUCAUAUCACCAACUCCUCCUGUCCUCCCCAUUGUCCUAAAUAACUGUGAUGAGAACAAAACUCGGACGUUAGAAAACUCAACCAACGACCUUCAUCAGCAGCUGCCAAUGCCAGAAGAAUGAAGAGAACUAUACGUACUGUUCUUUUCUCUUAUAAAGACCAGCGUCACGUGACUGUGGUCAAGACAACUUCACCUAUUACAAUGUAAAUUGUAGUCGUGGUUUGGGUUGAUCAGGAUGAGUAAAUUACUUGUAUGUACCAAUGCUGUUCCACCUGCCAAACGCCGGUCACAGUACAAAUGACAUCCACCUUCUCCAUUCAGUGCAGGCAGCCAAGUUGUGGCCAGCAAUAGAGAUGCCUUAAAAGCUCUUGAUACAUAUGCCAGGCCAGUAGGCAUAUACAUACAAUUCUGCUGCACUUUACUCUAGGCAUACAGUAAAAAAAUGUAUACUGCACAGUAUAUGUUUUUUAUGUUUUUCAGUGACGUUUUAUAGGCAACGUAUACCACUGCAUGCCUAUACCGUGGCAUAAGUGAGGAACUACAUCCGAGGUAGACCUCUGCUGGAAAUAGCUAAUUUAACUAAUAUCAUACUUUUUUAACCCUGCUUCCUAAUCCGUCACAUGACUUUUGGUGCAACCAAUCAUGACGGAUUUAUUUUAAAUCUCGCCGUUAAGAACCACCUCCCCCCUUGUUAGUCCUAGGUUGAAUGGUACUAGAAGAUGAGUUUGUAACAUUCUGCAGGUAGCAUGGUGUCGAUACGAUCAUUUCUCAGCCUGUGAAUAUAUUGUAAGACUGUCGUGGCCGAGUAUCGCAGGAUGGCGUAUGAGUCAAUGGCAGAGAGAAGCACUUUAGUUCUUACUCUGUCCGUGUUAUAUAUGAUUAAAUUAUAUAAAGAUAUAUAUUUAAUAUUACUUAUGCACUAAACUGACUGUUCUAAUAACCAGUAGCGACCUAAUCCUGUACAGAUGUGUAUACAGCAUGGAUUAUCCAGAUGUGCUCCCGAAGACUUGUUUGUUUUGUAAUUUUUUUUAUUUCUGUGUUUUGACAUGGGAAAAAUCAUAAUAUUCAUCACCCAAAAUGCGGUGCAAUGAUGGUGGGUUAUGUCUGUAGAGCGAAAAUGAAGAAGUGUUAAAUAUAUGGUUCCAAUCGAACAUAUUCCGUUUUAUAAAUGGUAGUGGCAGCCACUUUGUUGGCCGCGUCUUAUUAGCCU